AUGAGCAAUGGGGAGGACGAGACCUUGGCAAAUAUGGCUGCUAGGACAAGAGAAGCAAGAGGAGCAAGAUUGACAUCGCGGGGAGCUGCCAAUCAACCAGUUGAGCGGGCUCCUAACGCACCGGCCACUCAGGCAAACAUUGCUGGUCUUAUCCAGCAGCUGGCACAAACUGCUCCUCGACCUACAUUAUCUAUGGAGUCAUACUACGAGAGAUUCAGAAAGCUCAACCCACCUCUAUUUGAGGGUGGAUCUGAUUCUAUGGCUGUAGAGACAUGGAUUCGAGAGAUGGAGAAGAUGUUUGAUGCCCUGCAAUACCCUAAGAAUGUGAAGCGUCCCAUACGGCAGCUGAAGCAGCAGGAGCAGGAUCUUCGUCAAUACAAUCUGAAGCAGAAGCCCUCCUCAGAUGGAAAGAAAGCCUCAAGGGACAUUACGAUGAGAAUUACCAUAUGGAGUGCAUCUGAUAACUUCUUGACAGGUAAAUUGGACCCACUCCUGUUCACCAACUUGACUCAGCUCACUUUUCUUCGACUUGACCACAACCAUUUUUCUGGAAUAAUUCCUCCAGAGAUCGGAAAUCUCACAAACCUUCAGUACCUGCACUUAAAUGAUAACCAUAUAACUGGCUCAAUUCCAGAAGAGAUUCGAGGCCUUGUGAAACUAGUUGAGUUGAAAUUAUCCAACAAUUUGUUGUCCGGAGUCAUCCCUCCUUCUAUUGGCAAUUUGAGCAAUUUGGAAGAGUUGACACUUUCUGGCAACUUGAUCAAUGGUUCAAUUCCUAAGGAAAUAGGAAAUUUGUGGAACCUGCUUGGCCUACAACUUGACAAUAAUAAGCUGAGUGGUUUCAUCCCAACAUCGUUAGGUAAGCUGACCGAUCUAAGCUAUCUCAACGCAUCUUUUAACUCUCUCUCUGGUGGGAUUCCAACAUCCUUGAGCAACUUGAGCUAUCUUGUCAGUUUAAGCCUUGAUAGAAACAGACUCACCGGUCCGAUCCCACAAGAACUGGGGAACCUGACAAAUCUUGUUGGUCUAAACCUCAGCUUUAACAGAAUUUCAGGUUCAGUACCCCAAGAAUUGGGGAACCUAAUGUUUAUUGGUCAUCUAAGGUUGUCAAAUAACUAUUUGAGAGGUCCCAUUCCUUCAUCACUCGGUAAUCUGACUCGUCUAGAAGAUCUGUACCUCAAUGGAAAUCAGCUUUCUGGUCCAAUUCCAUCAGCCAUGGAAAAUCUUCAACAAAUUUCUAUCCUAGAUCUAUCAGAUAAUCGGUUGAAUGGCUGGAUUCCUCCACUGAGUUCACCAGUCCUAAAAUAUCUUUCCCUCAAUGGAAAUAGACUCUCUGGGCCAGUCCCGUCGACGCUAGGACUAUUGAGCUCCCUUGUUAAUCUUGAUCUAUCCAUGAACUAUCUGACUGGGCCAAUACCACCAGAGCUGGGGAACUGUUCGGCACUUCAGACACUGGAUCUUAGUAGGAAUGAACUGACUGGAGAGAUACCUCAAGUCCUUAUGAGCCUACAGAACUUGACAAGCUUGGAUCUCUCGAACAACAAGCUCUCAGGUCAUGUUACUCUUGAUUACAUGCCCCAACUAAGCACUAUCAAUUUAUCCUACAACCAUCUGAACAUAACUCUUCUUGACAAUAGCUUCCCAUGUGAGGACUUCAUUGGGGACAUUGUUUUCACCAAUGAAACACCAUGCUGGGCACCUAAAGGAAAUGCUGGAAUAAUGCAAAGUCAAUCAAGAAGGUCAAAAGUCACCAUCUUUGUUGUAGUUCCUCUUUCACUGUUGCUACUGCUGUCUCUUCUGUUGAUUCUUCUGGUUAAAUCUCACAAAAAAUCACUUCAUGGAGGAAUUAGUAGAAGGGAGAAAAAGUUGAUGAGACGUAAUGAGGUAGAUCGGUUUUCGAUAUGGAAUUAUGAUGGGAGGAUUGUGUUUGAAGACAUCAUUGAAGCAACAGAGAACUUCAGUGACUUAUACUGCAUUGGGGUGGGUGGAAAUGGAGCCGUCUAUGAAGCAGAGUUGCUCACAGGCCAAGUUGUAGCUGUCAAGAAAUUUCACACAGCAGAGAGUGGAGAGCUGCUUGAUGAGGCAAGCUCCAGGAAUGAGAUACGGGCAUUAACUGGAAUUCGGCACCGCAACAUUGUGAAGCUUUAUGGGUUCUGUUUGCAUUCUAGAUGCAUGUUCUUGGUAUACGAGUACAUGGAAAGGGGAAGUUUAGCCAGUAUCCUAGCAGAUGAUCAGACGGCCAUGGAAUUCGAUUGGCUCAAGAGGGUGGAAGCAAUAAAAGGCAUAGCUGAUGCCUUAUCUUACAUGCACUAUGAUAUUUUUCCAGCAAUGGUACAUAGAGACAUAUCGAGUAAAAACAUUCUGUUUGAUUCAGAAUUUAAAGCAUGCGUCUCUGAUUUUGGUACAGCAAGGGUGUUGAAGCCAAAUUCUUCAAGUUGGACUGCUCUUGUAGGAACGUGUGGGUACAUUGCUCCAGAGCUUGCCUACACAGCAAUGGUGACGGAGAAAUGUGACGUUUAUAGCUUUGGGGUGGUAGCACUAGAAAUGAUAAUGGGAACACAUCCUGGAGAACUCCUCUUGUCUUUGUCCACAAACAAAGGUCAAAGUACAUUGCUCAAAGAUGUGUUGGACCUACGUCUCUCAUCGCCCACGGCUGAGGUGGAGAAGGAGAUAGUCUCUGCAGUGAUACUCGCACUGGCAUGUGUACGACCUAAUCCAAAAUCAAGGCCAACGAUGAGGUGCAUAUCUCAGGAGUUAUCGGAAUGCAAGCUACCUCUGCGAGAGCCUUUCAAUACAAUGACAUUGGGUGACCUAAUGAGCUUAACAUUGUAAUUAUCUGGAUAACAUAGUUGAAAGAAAUUACAUAUCUGCAGCAGGCAAAAA